ACCGCAGCUAGCGAUGAUAUCAUCUCUCAUUAAUACCCUGCUUUAAAGAGGUGGCAUAUUUUUCCAUUCCAUUUCAGAAGUACUCCGCCCUUAAAGACGCCUUGUGUUGAGAGGCUGCAGUCUGAGUCGUGUGUGUGUGUGAGUGUGGGGACAUCCUCCACUCUCUGUGCUCGGGGUGCCUGCAACAUCCAAAGAGACUUUAAAAAACAAAAUCCCCAGUUGCUUGGAAAUGAGAGGGCGCUCCAGUCCGAGAAUUAAUCAGUAACUCGGGGAGUCAGGAGGCCAAUACAACAGCGAGUGCCAGGAUACACGUUGAACGAGAGAGAGAGAGUUGGCUGCUUCCAAUCGCUCCAACAACCAAGGAGAAACUGCAGGGCCAGGUGGGUGUGGACCCCUCCCACAGGACACGCUUACAUCUGGAUCCAGGGCCUUGCGUCCCCCGCCCUCUCGACCUGCCUGAGAUGCCAGUGGAGACGUUGUACGCAGAGAUGGACUUUUCCCGUUCUCCGAGCUCCAAGGUACACAGGAUGCAGCGGAAAGCCAAUGGGGACAGCGGCUUCAGCUCCAGGUCCAGAAACUCCGACUCGGACGACGAGUUGCUCGGCUACCUGUCCCGCGAGGAGCAGGAGUGCAUUUUGUUCUUCGACACCACGCUGGACUCCCUGAACGACGACUUCGAGGAUCGGAGCUCCAUCUCCAGCGUCACGAGCGACCACGCUCCCACCCCGACCAGGGUCAACUCCACAAGCGAAGAAAUCAUCGACUUAGUCACGACACGCCCACCGCCGGGAACUUUCAUCCCGAGAUACCAGAACAUAUUUCCAGUCGACCAAGAGGGAGGAAGAUGGCGGGCGGAGGAGGAAGUCCACGAGAGGUUUGCGGUGGGGGAACCGCAGGCACGGUCGCUGCCCUCGAUGCCCUUGCUGCAGAAUUUGCCGAAGCAACGAAGCUUCGAGAUGUCGGUGGAUGACCCCGACGUGGACGUGGUGCGAGGGUUCAGCGGCCAGGCCAAGCCGCGGGGCUCGGUGCCGACGCCCAUGGUCAUCGCGCAGAAGAUCGCGCAGGGACGGGCGGAGAACGGCGUAACGCACCCCGUGUCUCCGUCCGAGACCAAGCCCUUUCCCCCUCCCCCCCAGGAGAUGCCGCGGGCCAGUCUGACCUCCCCCGUCGAGGCCAGGGUCUUCUCGUUCAGGAACCCCAAGGUCCAGAGGCUUCCGUCCAACAUCAGCAUCUCGGCGUCCAGUAAAGACUACAACAACACCAUCACCAUGGCUGCGGUCAAGGUGAAGGAACGCAAGGCCCAGGUCCUGGCCAAUCUGGGAGGGGCCGGACUGCUGGCCGUCGAGUCCGAGGAGAAGCAGCUGAGAGGACCUCUCUCCAGCCCGAGGAGGACAUUCUCCCUCGUCCAUCCCGCCAAGACGCCGCCGCUGGUCAAGCAGUCCUCGGACGAGACGGACAACAGGUUACCCAACGGCCUCAGAUCGCCGGUCGGGAUGGCUGGGCCGGCUCCGACCACGAAGGUCCACCCAGUGGCCCAGACCCCUCCCCAUUCCCCGCCUCCUGCCACCGCCGCCAGCACCAAGCCCGCGCCGCGGACGCCGCAACCGCCCAACGCCUCCGCCGGCGUGCAGCGGUCCCGCUCGUUCCAGAAGCCGUCGGCGUUCCGGCCGCAGGGAAUCACCGUCCAGUUCUCCGGCCGAGGCUCCACCGAUGAAUCGCGCAAAGAGGCGCUACGGAAGCUGGGCCUGCUGAGGAUCAACGAGGACCAGUGAAUCCUCGACCCAGCGACUGACUGACUGACUUGACCGGCUGACCAUAGACACAAAGUGCCGGAGUAACUCAGCGGGACAGGGCAGCGUCUCUGGAGGGAAGGAAUGGGCGACGUUUGCGGGUCGAGACCCUUCCUCCGACCGACUGACUUCUUCCGGGAAUGUCUGGAGACGCUCGCUUGAUUCGGGGAGUUGGGAUCGCAACGUCCUUUCAACGCCGCCUGCUGGGUUUCUGCCGGAGAUCGAUCGCUCAUUGCCGACUCUCCGAUUCCAUGAUCCGGCAGGAAGCUGUUCAGCCGCUCGACAACAGAGGACCUCAACAAAGAUGGUCGCCGCGCCCCACGUGCAUUGCGCAAGGACUCCAGCACAACUAACACACUUAGUGAACGUGUUUAAGAAGGAACUGCAGAUGCUGGAAAAUCGAUGGUAGACAAAAGUGCUGGAGGAACUCAGCGGGUGCAGCAGCGUCUAUGGAGCGAAGGAA